AGCCUAGGGGGAGCUAUGGCAGCUAUGGUUGCGGUCUACAGUGGUCUGGUUAGGAAGACAACACGUGUGGUAACGGCUGCCGUCUGCCUCACAGAACCCGGAACUCAUGCUGUGCUGUGGAGAAGAGGUUGUUCUCAAUAUAAACAAUUAACCAGCAAUGAGGACCUGCCUGUUCCAAUGGAAAAUCCUUAUAAGGAGCCUCUUAAGAAAUGUAUCAUGUGUGGGAAACGUGUAGAUUACAAGAAUGUACAGCUUUUGUCCCAGUUUGUUUCUCCAUUUACUGGAUGCAUUUAUGGAAGGCACAUAACAGGUCUUUGUGGGAAGAAACAGAAAGAAAUCACAAAAGCAAUUAAGAGAGCUCAAUUAAUGGGGUUUAUGCCGGUUACAUACAAGGAUCCUGCCUAUCUUAAGACCCUAAAGUAUGUAACAUAAAGUAUCAGGAGUAAACUAUGUAAGGUUACCACCAAUAAACUUCUUUUAUAAUGAAAAAG